CCUCAAACUACUCCCCAGCACUUGCUCACUUCCUCUCCCCUGUUUCGCUUUCAUCUCUCAGUCUCUAUCUCUCAAAUCCCAGACAAAAAAACCCAGUUCAACAAACAUGUCAAUCAUCCCAAUCAACGAGCGACGAAGCAGUAGUGACUUCGAUCCCUGGUCUCUCGACCUGUGGGACCCAUUCCUCGACUUCCCUCUCUUCCCUUCUUCACUCUCCAACGUCUUCCACCAACUCAAUCCCGGGUUUUCCGCAGUGAACUCCCGCCUCGAUUGGAGCGAGACCCGAAACGCUCACGUUCUCAAAGCAGCUCUUCCUGCUUUUGCAAACGAGGACGUGCUUGUUGAGCUUCAAGAGGAGCGAGUGCUUCAGAUUAGCACAGACAGCGGUGGCUUCAUGACCAAGGUUAAGCUCCCUGAGAAUGCCAAGACUGAGGAGCUCAAGGCCUUUAUGAGCAAUGGGGUUGUUACUGUCACUGUUCCUAAGGUGGAGGCUAGGACACCCAAUGUGAGAGCCAUUGAAAUUUCUGGUGAAGACUGAGGUGGUAAGGUGAUAUUAUGGGUAAAGUAAGAUGUGGGUGAUGGAGUUUUGUGUAUAAUGUCAAUAAAGUUUGUGGCUUUAUGUGUUUAGAUUGUAUAUCUAGAUGUGGUAUUGUAGUCUGAAAUUGUAGUAAUAUGCGAAGAUUAAGGUCCAGUUAUGGUUAAAUAAGAUUAGUCUGACAUCAACCGAUGUCAGAAUGUGAGUAAAGUUUGUGUCUUUGUAUGUGUUUGUGUGGUGCCAGUUUGUAAUGCUUCCAUGAACUUAUAUAAUGAAAAUUGAUUUGUCUUCUUCAAGUACUGUUGUAU